ACUUCAAGUCAUUUGGAAACUACAAUAACAACCAAUUUGAACACAACGAGGACGGAACUGAGAAGCACGGCGAAUAAUGUCAUUAUGGAUCUGACAACAAAAUUAAAUACCAGGACGAGUGAAAUCGUUGACAUUGGUAGAAGGCCAACUUCCUGUUCGGAUGUGCAGCGAAUGGGACAUAAAAUUAGUGGAUUCUUUUUAGUGGAAGGAUCGAAGAAAAUGGAAAUGGUUUUCUGUAACUUUUAUCCUGAUCGAAAUGAAACACAAAAAUGGAUCGGAUACGCCGACGUCAAAUCAGCGCCCGUCCAUUUCUACGUCCAAAGAAAUUCUUCGUUCUCCACGAAAAACAUUCCGAUUCCAUUUGAGUUGGUGCGGGUGAACGAGGGAAAUGCCAUGAAUUUGCCAACGGGGAAAUUCACGGCACCGCGAACGGGAAUUUAUUUCUUUUCAUUCACGGGAACAGGAGAUUUUUAUAGCAUUGCCCAAAUAGGAAUUGGUCUUUAUGUGAACGGGAUUCAAAUGGGGUCAGGUAGAAUUCAAAAAGAGAAUUCCAAUGGUCAUAAAAUGGCUCCGUUGAGCAUACAGUCGACGCUGAACUUGAAGACGGGCGAUCAAGUCUGGGUGCAGAAUUAUCAUACGUCAACAUCAUCAUUAUAUAAUUUUUUGCAGGACAACAGUGUUGAGCACCUCACACAUUUCACUGGUUUCAUGUUGGAGGAGGAAAUUGCCGCGUCCCUCUGAUGAUGAGAUUUGUGUUCAUCCGAAAUGCGCAAAAUGAUAAUCGACUGACAAAUGCGGACAAAUGACAAUUGCAAAUGAAUUUUCCGUUGGGUAAUAGGAGAGGGAAUGGAAGAAAACGAAAAAAAAAAAAUAGAUUCUAAUUCAUUGAGGGAUGGAAUUCGUUUUUUUAAGGGCUUUUACUUUGUAUGCAAAUAGGCAAUCGGAAUACACACAAAAAGAGU